UCUGGUGCCCUUUGUCGUGCUCUUCUUAUUGCGGGAAACAGCGCGGCAGCCUCUCUACCUCCUCCAACCUGUACUCGGUUCCCACACUCCGCUAGAUCACGCCUCUGACCAAUCCCCUGCUUCCUCCUUAAAUCUCCGUCUUCUCCCUCGCUCAAAAAUCCCUCCUUGGCUUUGCUAGCCCUGCCGGAGUUCGCCGCAUUGCUGCCGGAAGCGUUUUUCUACCCGAAUUCGCUUGGUUCUUGCCCGGAACCGGUCGGCGACGCCGGAUUUACUAAAAAGGUGGGAUCUUGAUUGCGGUUUAGAGGUGGUAUAAGUAAUGGCGCCGUCGUUCGGUUGGUGGGACACCGAGGGCCAAAAGGGGACGCCGGUGAUCGUCAAGAUGGAAAACCCCAACUGGUCCAUCUCUGAGAUAUCCUCCCUUGACGACGAAGACGACGACUACCAGUUCCCCGCUGCGUCCCCGGGGAAGAAAGGCGCGCGGGGGAAGAACGCAAAGCAGAUCACCUGGGUUCUCCUUCUCAAGGCCCACCGCGCCGCGGGGUGCCUCACCCAGCUGGUAUCUGGCGCCGUCGGGCUCGCGGCCGCCGUGCGCCGCCGGAUCGCCUCCGGGCAUACGGACUCUGACGCCGUCGCCUCCCCACAGGAGGAAAGCCCCGUGCUGCGCUCGCGGUUUUACUCCUUCAUAAAGGCCUUCCUUUGGCUCUCCCUUGCCUUGCUCGUCUUCGAGGUCGUGGCGUACUUCAACGGCUGGCACUUGACCGCCGCCGAGAUGCCGCGCCUGGUUCUCCCCUCAUCCUUUGAUUUCCAAGGACUCUUAAUGUCGCUCUACGCUGGUUGGUUAAGCUUCCGGGUGGACUAUAUCGUGCCGCCGCUUCAGUUCCUCGCCGACGCCUGCGUCGUUCUCUUCCUCAUACAGAGUGCCGACCGCCUAAUCCUCUGCCUCGGCUGCUUCUGGAUCCGCUUCAAAGGGAUAAAGCCAGUGCCCAAGAGCGCCACCGGCGACUCCAAGGAUCUCGAGUCCGGCAGUGACGACUACUGCCCCAUGGUUCUGAUCCAGAUACCAAUGUGCAACGAGAAAGAGGUGUACCAGCAAUCGAUCGCUGCUGUGUGCAAUUUGGACUGGCCAAGAUCCAAUAUGCUGAUUCAGGUGUUGGACGACUCCAGCGACCCCGCGACGCAGGUUUUGAUCAGGGAGGAAGUGGAGAAGUGGAAGCAGGAUGGUGCCCCGAUCUUGUACCGCCACCGUGUGCUUCGCGAUGGCUACAAAGCCGGCAAUCUCAAGUCAGCGAUGAAUUGUAGCUACGUCAAGGAUUAUGAGUUCGUCACCAUCUUCGAUGCUGACUUCCAGCCGUCGCCGGACUUCUUGAAGCGCACCGUGCCUCAUUUCAAGGACAACGAGGAGUUGGGAUUGGUGCAGGCAAGAUGGUCCUUCGUCAACAAAGAUGAGAACUUGCUGACCAGGCUUCAGAACAUUAACCUCUGCUUCCACUUUGAGGUGGAGCAGCAAGUGAACGGGGAGUUCCUCAACUUCUUUGGGUUCAACGGAACCGCCGGAGUUUGGAGGAUCAAGGCACUGGAAGACGCAGGAGGGUGGCUGGAGAGGACGACAGUCGAGGACAUGGACAUUGCUGUCCGAGCUCACCUCAACGGAUGGAAGUUCAUAUACCUCAACGACGUCGAGUGCCAAUGUGAGUUGCCGGAGUCCUACGAGGCUUACAGGAAGCAGCAGCACCGGUGGCACUCCGGACCUAUGCAGCUAUUCAGGCUUUGCUUGCCGGACGUUAUCAAAUCCGAGAUUGGGUUCUGGAAGAAAUCAAACUUGAUAUUUCUGUUCUUCCUGCUCCGGAAACUGAUAUUGCCUUUCUAUUCCUUCACGUUGUUCUGUAUCAUUCUCCCAUUAACCAUGUUCGUCCCGGAGGCAGAGCUCCCGUCAUGGGUCGUCUGUUACAUUCCGGCGACCAUGUCCUUACUCAACAUUCUCCCCGCCCCCAAAUCCUUCCCUUUCAUCGUCCCUUACCUUCUCUUCGAGAACACGAUGUCCGUGACCAAGUUCAACGCGAUGAUCUCGGGUCUCUUCCAGCUCGGCAGCGCCUACGAGUGGGUUGUCACCAAGAAGUCCGGCCGCUCGUCGGAGGGUGAUCUUACUUCUCUCACGAAGGAUGAACCCAAGCAGCAACGAGGCUCCUCCAUGCCCAACCUUGAAUCCAUUGCGAAGGAAGAUCUCAAGCCGAAAAAGGAGUCGAAGCGCAGGCAUAACAGGAUCUACCGGAAGGAGUUAGCCCUCGCUUUCCUUCUCUUAACUGCCGCCGCUCGCAGCUUGCUAUCGGCCCAGGGCAUCCACUUCUACUUUCUCCUGUUCCAGGGGAUCGCUUUUCUACUCGUCGGUCUGGAUUUGAUAGGCGAACAGAUCGACUGAGAAUUGGUGUGAGUUGCUUUACAAGAUCCAGAUCGAAUCUUUAGUUCGGAGCAGCAAGAGCACAGCUGAAUGCUCCUUCAAGAGAGGUUCUGAAAACACUUUCCAAUUAAAGAUGUAGAUAGUUUCAGUCUUGAGUUGUUCGGUGCCGGAAUUCCUUCGAGUAUCAUUCAUUUUAUAUCAAAAUUUUGCUGUUGAGAAGGCAAUUCCAGGUUACCUUUACAAAAGAUUCAGUUUUUAUUUUUUUAAAGUCGAACCAAUGAUUUCUUUCAUAUCUGACUGAUGUAUUUCUCAUUGUUUGUCAUUGUUCUUCAUCUGAGUAGACAAAUAUACAACUCCUUCAAUUGACUUG